AAAAAAAAUCGAUUUGGUGGGCAAGGCAGACGUUUGGCUGAGUCCACCCCUGUACAUUCCUACAUUGUCUAGAUAGAACCAGCCCGGUCCCAUCUACCAUCCUCCUGCAGGCCCCGGUCCUGUUGCUGCAUAGGUGGGGUUCUGUGUGUCGCAUGUAUUCGUUGGGUGGGGGGUGUUUGGCUCAGGAUCCCCACCGCAUUGGACAGCAUGCAUUUUAUCUACCCAACACCAGAGUGAGACCCGGGAGCUUCCCCUACCGAGUUAAAGGGAAACACCGACAAAUCUGCACCGAUAGGGGGCGUAAGUGUAACUCCCGAAGCCAGCAUCGACGCAGUGCUCCUCCACGCCCUCUUCUCUUCAUUCACUGUGCUCAAUUUCAGCUUGUAGCAAGACCAAGGAAGCCUUGUCUAGAAACAGCACUGCAGUCAUGGCAGUUUCAACAGAGUCAUACAUGGAUUUGGACCAGAGUGCCUUUCAUUAUGAUUACGAGACGUUGCGGACCACGGGUGUCAUCCUAGCUGCGAUUAUGUUCGUUGGUGGAAUUCUUAUUGCUCUGAGUAAAAAGUGCAAAUGUUCGAAAUCCAAAUCUAGUCCAGUGGAAAGCCCUCAACCACAGACAGAAGUUCCCCCUCAAACGGUGUAAAGCUGAUGGUGCAACGGGGCGGCUCAUUACAGUGAGAGGAAAUGCUCAGACUCACAAAGUUACUUACAAGAAUGUGGAGGAGAGUAGAACCCGCUUGACCUCUUUUUGUAACCUCAGCCUAAAUGCUGGUGUGUGGCUGUAUUUUUAGGUCGCUCAGUAGAACAUGUGCUUCAUUAUGUCGUUAUAGUGCUAAUGAUACCAUUCAUGAUGCACCUCAUAUGACUGCGGUUAUUUGACUUAUGCAUGAAUAAUUUGCUUUAAUUGUGAUUUAUUAUAUGAGGGCUACCGGUAGAUCUAAAGGCAUUUUUUUGGAAAUACUUCAGCAGACUGAUUGAAUGACAGAUGUUUCAUCUAAUAGAUUUCAUAUCCUUCAGACAGAUACGGUGAAAUUGAAUUUAACACUCGUUUACAUUUUAACAAAGAAUAAACGACUUCUUAGCAGCUCUCCAGCAUGGAACUAUGCACAAUCCUGUGUGUCGCCCUGUGUAAUUUGUGCAUGACGGGUGUCAACAAAAUGUAAGGCAAUUGUAAAUUUGAGUAUUUAUGUCUUGUAUUAUUAUAUUUAUUUAUUAUUUUAGUUCCUGAAUAUUUAUUAUUUCUAUAUUGAAUUAUACUAUUGGAUCCAUUCCAUCCAUUUACUGAAAAAAUAAUCUAAACAUACACAAACGUAUUUCCGUUUACAAAUUUUAAGGUCAUUUAUUGGAUCAGAAAAGUCAUUAUGCUACUGCGCAUGUCUUUGAGGAAGGGAUAGAAACUAAGAAAGUCUUGCCUUAAGAACUAAUGGUGUAACAAUCAAAUGCAGAGUUGCAAAGUAACUAGUAGUUACUAAACCCCUAAUAUAACUGAACAUUAAGUAACUACUCACGAGCAGCUGGUGGAACCUAACCUUGGAGUUAAACAUGAUCUUAUGUCAAUUGUAACAGCAUGAAUGUUUAUAUACUGUUUUCCAGAAAACAAAGCACUUUACAGUAAUACUUUAAUUACUCCCAUUACUAAAAGCAACUGAUUUAAUUGCAACUGGAUGUAUUUAUGUCUCAUGUACUAAUAAAUGAAAAAGCAUCCAUAUAACUUUUAGAAAAAUGAAUCAGUGAUCAUUUGGCAUGUUUUUUUUUUUUUUGGGGGAGGAAUGCAGAAGUUUUUUUUGUGUGUGUGUGUGUGUGUGUGUGUAUUAUACUUUGAAAUGAAGUUAUUGAGUAUGACUAAGCAGCAGUCGUAAUGAUGAGUUCGAUACAGUUAUAUGAAAAUGCCUUUUUAUUAUUCAUCCAAAAAUUAGUCGUCAUACCAAAGACAUUUGUCUCAAUAAAAGAUCCUGAGUUAUA